AUGUCUCGCGCUUCAACGUACACCCGCAUGACGGGCGGCUGCACGACUCACAUCGCCACCGCCAUGCUCUCAACCGUCAAUCCCACUAUCACCCCAGCCUCCUACAUUCUGGACAACGCAUGCGGCCCCGGCACCGUAACGACCGAGAUCAAGUCGCGCCACCCAGCCGCUCGCAUCAUGGCCACGGACCUCUCCCCGGCCAUGAUCGCCGAAGUCCAAGAAAGUGUCCAGAGGAACGGGUGGAGCGACGUUGAGACCGCGGUCUUAGACGUACGCGCGCUUACGACUUUGGCUGAUGACACUUUCACGCAUAUCUUUGCGAACCUCGCCCUCCCGGUCCCUGGCGAUGCGGAAAGCGGCGUCAAAAUCGCGCGGGAAAUGUUCCGUGUGCUGGAGAUUGGGGGCGUGGCAAUGGCGUCGACGUGGGCGGAUCGCGUCUGGCUCACAGCUUUCACGCGCACCUCGCUCCGCAUCCGACCAGACCAAGUGCCCCAGAACGCCAUGGCCAUGGCGCCGGAGUAUCUUGCUGGAUCGUGGCUCCUGCAGCAGUUUGAAAAGGGCGGGUUUGGGAAUAACGUUGAAUUGAGACCGGUGGUGACCUAUUCCAGUGCGAGUAGUUUGGAGGAGUUGGUUGGGAAUAUGAUGUUAGCGCAGGGUAUGUUCUUUGCUGGGUUUGGGGAAGAGGAAUUGGAGAGAGCGACGUUGCUGCUUGAGGAGGAGUUGAGUGCGCUGAGGACCUUUGAGAAGUUUGAUGGGGGUGUGAGGAUUGGGAUGAAGGCGUGGGUUGCUACUGGGUGGAAGAAAGGGGAUGAGGGGAGGUGA